AGCGGUUCAUGUGUUUGUACUAAAGUGAAUCAUCUAAUUUCUAUUGUUCAGCCGCUGAAUAAUACAAGCAGCAGAAGAGGAACGUGUCACCACCAUGGAUCUACAAAAUGAAACAUGCCAGAGGAAACUAAUAAAAAAGGAGGAGGAUGAAGAUGAUGAUUUCUUCUGUAAAAUCCCUGUGGAACAUGUCAUCUCUGAGGAACUCUUCUCCCCAGUGGAUCAACAGGAUGGAGGUUUCCAGAUGAAGCCGGUGAAGAAGGAAGAACCUGAAGAUAAAGAUGAACUCAAAAUGAACAAGGAAUUCUCCUCGUGUCCACGUUCCUCUACAACCCAAAAUCACCUCCACAAUCACAUCAAGAGCUGCAACCAUGAUGAAUAUGAGACUCUGGUGAAGAUUAAGACUGAACAUGAGGAUCUGACGCCCACCAGAAGCUCCAGUAAUCAGCAAACGUCCUCUGGUACUGUCAGCAUUAACACCUCUUUCAGUCCCACACAGAAAGAAGGAAACGACUGCUUAGAUUGUGGGAAGAGCUUUAGGUUCCAGAGUGAACUCAAAAUACACCAGCGCAUUCACACUGGAGAAAAACCAUAUCAGUGCUCACAUUGUGGAAGAAGCUUUAAUAUACAGAAGAGUCUCAAAAUACACCAGCGCAUUCACACUGGAGAGAAACCAUAUCAGUGCUCACAGUGUGGGAAGAGUUUUAAUCGACAGGGUAAUCUCAAAAUGCACCGGCGCAUUCACACUGGAGAGAAACCAUAUCAGUGCUCACAAUGUGGGAGGAGUUUUAAUCAAGCAUCUAUUCUCAAAAAACACCAGCGCAUUCACACUGGAGAGAAACCAUAUCAGUGCCCAGAGUGUGGGAAGAGUUUUAAUCAACAGAGUCAUCUCAAAAUACACCAGCGCAUUCACACUGGAGAGAAACCGUAUCAGUGCUCACAAUGUGGGAAAAGUUUUAAUCAAGCGACUGUUCUCAAAAAACACCAGCGCAUUCACACUGGAGAGAAACCGUAUAAGUGCUCAGAGUGUGGGAAGACUUUUAAUCAACAGAAUUAUCUCAAAAUACACCAGCGCAUUCACACUGGAGAGAAACCUUAUCAGUGCUCACAAUGUGGGAAGAGUUUUAAUCAAGCGACUGUUCUAAAAAUACACCAGCGCAUUCACACUGGAGAGAAACCAUAUCAGUGCUCAGAGUGUGGGAAGAGUUUUAAUCAACAGAGUUAUCUCAAAAUACACCAGCGCAUUCACACUGGAGAGAAACCAUAUCAGUGCUCAGAGUGUGGGAAGAGUUUUAGUAGACAGAGUGAUCUUAAACAACACCAGUGCAUUCACUCUGGAGAAAAACCAUAUCAGUGCUCACAGUGUGGGAAAAGUUGUAAUCGACUGAGUGAUCUCAAAAUACACCAGCACAUUUACACUGGAGAGAAACCAUAUCAGUGCUCACAGUGUGGAAACUUCUUUGCUCAUUUAUCAGCAUUUAAGACACAUACAUGUAACGCAUGAAAUUGUACCAAAUAAACUUUUUUAUACCACA